CCAGGAUGUCCUAACUCCGAUACUAAUAAUCUGACUUCUGCAAUACUCCACAUAUUUUUCCCAGGAAUGAUGUGAGGAUCAGUAAAAAGAUGCUGAAGCAGCUUUGUGUUCAGAAGUUCCGGACUCGUCCCCCUUUCCCCAGGAAACGAAGUUUUAUCAUUUGCUUUUUCCAGAGUAGAAAAAAACAUCCAUUCUGCCAAAGAUAACCCCAGACACCAUGUCAGCCCUGUGUCUCUGUGUACUGGCCUGGAUUAUUCUACCUAUUUUAGCUUUAGACACUGAAAACCCAGAUGUGGACAGACCAAUUGUCUCCUUUACUCCUGACUGGAGAAGCAUGUUCUACAAUGAGACGUUGACUCUAUCAUGCCUUUACCCAUCUAAUGUACAGAAGAAUGAGACGUAUACUUGGUACAGAGAUAAUAAUAAGAUGGAUAUAAGUACUCAGAACUUUACCGUCUCCUCCAUUCAGUUAUAUGACCGGGCAAACUACAAAUGCCAGACCCGCACCAGCAUGAUAAGUGAAUCUGUUCGACCACAUGUUAUAACCGAUCUCACCAUAUUGAGAGUCUCACGCUACGUCUUUGAAGGCGAUAUCCUGACCCUGACUUGUGACAGUCGACUUGAUAUGAAUACAACCAAUGCUAAAGCCUCGUUUACCAAAAACUAUAGAGACCUUAAAGCUAUGAACUACGAAACAUAUUUAUUUGUUGGGAAAGUGGACAGAAGUGUUGAUGGAAAAUAUCAGUGUACAAAAAAGGCCAUCCUAAAGAAUGAAAUAAAAGAUUCUAUCCAUGAAGAGUUAAUUGAAGUUACAGAAUUGUUUUCGCCUCCAGAGUUAAAAAUAAGCGCAAAUCCAAUAUCAGUGGGUAUGGACAUGACUCUGACUUGUGUGACGUCUCUCCAUCCUUUUAGAGCAGAUGUGGAAUUACAAUUUGCUUUCUACAGAGAUGGCUGGCAUGUUCAGGGAUUUGGAUCCUCUAAUAAAUACAUAAUUCAGUCUGUUGAACUGGGGGAUUCUGGAGAAUAUUCAUGUGAAGUAAGAACAUUAAUGAACAGUGUGAACAAGAUAAGUAAACAGCAACCGGUCCUCAUACAAGAGUCUUUCAAGCCAAUGCUGUCAUUUGACCCAAAUUGGAACAAAGUAUUCAGAUAUGAACAAGUAUUCAUGACCUGCAAUGACCAGAGAAGCCAACGAUUUACCUGGUAUAAAGACAACGUCAAGAUGUUCAAGACUGAUAGGAAAAUAAAGGUUCCUGCUAACAGUGAUAAGGAUAUUGGGCAUUACCAGUGCCAGGGUGAAUCUGGUGAGAAGAGUGACCCCGUUCAUCUGGAUAUUUUCUUUGAUUGUGUGAUAUUGACUGCUAGGCCAUGUAUCCAGUCCCCUCAGUUGUACCGCCCAGUACUACAUUCCCCAUCAUACCGUCUGCUUUGUGUCAUUCCUUCCCUCUGUUCCGGCAGGAUCCUGGUGGGGGCGCCGUGGGCCGGGUCUGAUGGUAACCGUCAGGGGGAUGUAUAUAAAUGCGCUGUCGGACCCCACAGCAACUCUUCUUGCACCAGGAUCAACUUGGGUGAUCUCGCUUUCCGGAAUGUCUCCAAAAAGACGAAUAACAUGCACUUCGGGAUGUCGCUGACCCAGGACGCACAGGGCGGCUUUGUGGCCUGCGCUCCGCUCUGGUCCCAAGAAUGUGGGACUUCCAUGUACAGCACUGGGAUCUGCGCCAACGUCGAUAAGUCCUUCAGACCCUCGGGAACCAUCGCACCCACAGCGCAGAGAUGCUCCACGUACCUGGACAUCGUCAUCCUGCUGGACGGGUCGAACAGCAUCUACCCCUGGUACGAGGUGCAGAAUUUCCUCAGCAACAUUCUCAGCAAGUUUUUCAUUGGCCCCGACCAGAUCCAGGUAGGCGUCCUUCAGUAUGGAGAGAUCGCAGUCCAUGAAUGGUCCCUGAAGGACUAUACUACCGCUAAAGAGGUGGUGGAGGCUGCUAAGAACAUCAGUCGCCAAGAAGGACGGGAGACCCGGACAGCAUUUGCCAUCCACAAGGCCUGUUCUGAAGCUUUCAGCCCUGAGAGGGGUGGCAGGGAAGACGCCACUAGACUUCUUAUUGUGGUAACAGAUGGCGAGUCACAUGACGGGGAUGAGCUGCCUCUCGCCUUGGCGGAAUGUGAGAAACGGGACAUCACCCGUUACGCCAUUGCUGUGCUGGGUAACUAUAUGAGGAGACAGCAGGACCCGGACUCCUUCAUCAAUGAGAUUAAAUACAUCGCCAGCGAUCCAGAUGACAAAUACUUCUUUAACGUCACUGAUGAAGCAGCGCUGAACGAUAUUGUGGACGCUUUAGGAGACAGAAUCUUCAGUUUAGAAGCGACGCAUGAGUUGAACGAAAGCUCUUUUGAACUGGAGAUGUCACAAGUCGGAUUCUCCAUUCACAUCCUGGAGGACGGCAUCCUGUUUGGCACAGUGGGUGCAUAUGACUGGGACGGAGCAGUUCUGAAGGAGAGCCGGAAUAGUCGGAUUAUGCCACCGCGGUCGGCCUUCGAGAAGGAGUUUCCGGUGAAGAUGAAGAAACAUGCUGCCUACUUGGGUUACACCGUAUCCUCUCUAACGCUGCGCAGCGGGAAGACUAUGUAUAUAGCCGGAGCCCCCAGAUUCAAACACAAGGGGAAGGUCAUUCUGUUUGAGAUGUCCAGGAAAGGCAAUGUCACCAUCUCUCAGGCUUUGGUGGGGGAACAGAUUGGCUCCUAUUUUGGCAGUGAAGUGUGCCCGCUGGAUGUUAAUGGUGAUGGUGUCACUGAUGUCUUAUUGGUGGCUGCCCCAAUGUUCCUUGGACACCACAAUAAAGAAACGGGACGUGUUUAUAUCUACCGGGUGGGGCAGCUCCUGUUAAACCUGAAUGGCACAUUGCACUCUGACCGCAAAGUCCAAGACUCACGUUUCGGCUACGCCAUGUCAGGGUCUCCCGAUCUGAACCAUGAUGGCUUCAAUGAUGUAGUGGUUGGAGCACCACUAGAGGAUAACCAUCGCGGGGCUGUAUACAUCUACCAUGGGUACCGCAAUACCGUCAUACCAUCUUACAAGCAGAGAAUAGACUCUGCCUCGUUUCAUCAUGGCCUCACUUACUUUGGUCGCAGCGUGAGCGCUCAGAUGGACCUGGAUGGCGAUGGGCUGGGUGACCUAACUGUCGGCAGCCAAGGAGCAGUCGUUGUGUUGAGGUCUCGAAGCAUUGUUCGUGUUAACGCCACCUUGCUGAUAAACCCAACCUCCAUCAACCUGCUCCAGAAAAAUUGCUUGAGACAAGGCAAGGAGUCCGUCUGCCUGAACAUCACCAUCUGCUUCUCUGUCAACUCCAAAUCCCCCAGCAAAUGGGACAGUCGUUUCGGACUCCAUUACAACCUGUCCCUUGAUGAUAAGAAGCUUACUCCCCGCGCUGUGUUUGAUGAGAACCUCCAAAAACUCCUCAGCAAACGUGUUCGAGUGACCACGGGCAAAGUGACUUGUAUGAACCUCGGAUUCCACGUCAUUGAUACCGCUGACUAUCUAAGACCCAUUGGCGUCCACCUGCGCUUUAACCUAAGCGACACUGAGUCCAGUCCUGUGCUUGACGACCGCUGUCCUACUUCUGUGAAGAGAUUGGUUCCUUUCUUCAAGGACUGUGGUGAGGACAAUGAGUGUAUAACGGAUUUGUCCCUCCGAGCUCAUAUGGACAUCAAUGGCACCAGGGAUCAACCAACCAUAAUCCGGAGGGAGCGGAAGAAGGUGUCAGUGGAGACUGAGCUUGAGAAUCGCGGGGAAAACUCCUACAACACCAGCGUGAAGGUCUGGUUCUCCAAAAACCUCCUGUUCUCCAGCAUCUACAGCAAAGGAGAUGCACAAAGUAAGGUGGAGUGCACGACGCUGUCCCCCAGCACCCGCUCCUGCAGCAUCAGUUACCCCGUCCUCAGAUCCAUGGCAAAGGUGGCGUUCGUCCUGGAGUUUGAGUACAGCUGUACCAGUCUCUUAAACAGAGUGCAGAUUAGGCUCACGGCCAGUAGUGACAACACUGAACUAGACGAGACUCUUCAUGACAACGGUGCCCAGCUCAGUGCCCACAUCCGAUAUGAACCCGAGCUCUUCAUUCAGAGUGAGUCCAGCCUCAACCGCUAUGAGGUACAACCUGUCCUGCUGUCCACCCAGGAGCCCGGCCCAGAGUUCAUAACGAAAUUCAAGGUGCAGUAUGUGGACUGUUACCCCAUGUACAACGUGUCGGUUCACAUCCACACGCCGGCCCUGGGCUACGGGGGCCUCUACUUCAUGUCGGUGUCCAGGAUAUUAUCAGCUGAUGAUGUGAUCUGCAUGUUAUCUAAUAUGACCAGAUCCAGGACCGCCAUGGUGCCAUUCCACCCCGAAGACCUGAGCCACACCAGUAUAUUGAACUGCAGUAACAGCUGGUGCGAGACCAUCACCUGCCGCAUCCCGACCCUGCAGAAGAACGCAGAGCUCUCCCUGUCCAUCCUGAGGAUCAUCCACAACCACUUCUUCACCAACUCCAAGUUUCGAUCGGUCAAAGUAGUCAGCGAGUUCAUCCUGGACGUAAAAGAAGAUGGCGCCCUGUUUACCGACAGUGCAAAACACAGGACAGAGAGCGUCUUGGAAUUGCUGCAGCCCGUCCUCCUGCCGCUGUCCCUGUGGAUCCUCAUUGGAAGCGUCAUUGGGGGUCUCCUGCUUCUGGCGCUCAUCAUCUUCAUCCUAUGGAAGUUGGGAUUUUUCUCCCGGAAGAUGCAGGGAGAGGAGAAGGAAGAAGCUGCCAAGGAAGAGCAGUGAUCUGCAGCCCCCCACAUCCUGCUGUCAGAGACCCCCAUAUCUGCCGCUCUGGUGAUUAUGAGGCUGGUUGAUGAUGAUCCAGCCCUGAGGACUCAACGCAACCCUGAGCCCCCCUCCCCCAAACUAUAAUCACAAAGAAGCGGCAACGAGGACGACGCGGCCCCGGACACUGUAUGAACACUGACGUGACUGGAUAUGGGGUCUGCAGACCAUUGAAGCCUUCUCAGGAAUACAGGGUACCAUGGGGGAGGGGCAUUUUAUACUGAGGGUACGUGUGCGGCGCCUCCCGAUGACUGCAGUCAGCACACCGCACAUAUCACGGAGUAUUAUACAUAAUGGACCUUCAUAUUUUAUAUUCUUUUUCUACACUGAAAAGAUAAAAGGUAAAGAAUCUGUUCCUACCUGGAAACCAUCAGCAAACGGGCCAGUGGCCAUUUACAUGUCUGACCAGUCCCCAUGAACGGAACUGGGAAAGAAGAGCUUGACAAAUUCAGAUCUGUUAAUGGCGGACAGGCAGCUUGCUGAUGGUUUCUGUACAAGAAUGAACUGGAAGAUAAGGAAAAUGUGUAAUGUAAAUAAAAUAU